UUGAAUAUGACGACCAUUUAUGUCGUCUGCGUAAUAGGAUAAAGCGAAGUUCUUUUGGAAAGUGAUCAUGACGCGACCGGGACAUUAAUGACAAAUAUGCGGCGUAUGGCCCUCUUCCCAUCUACGUAUUUGGCAUUGUUAUAGGGGACACAUCGGCACUAUUUCCAAAAUUCCUUUCCCAUAGAUGUCACAGUAAGAAAAAAAGCAAGCUCUCGAGUGGUCAAGCAGGACAGUUUUUGGAUCUAAAUUUACGGCGGAACGAGAUCGGAACAAAGCGCUAUUGGCUGGUUGAGUCACGUGGUACUAUUCUCGCUCUGUGAGUGGAGGGGAAUAUUUGCCUGUAUGAAAGCGAGCGACUCGAAACCAUCAACAUAAUUCAUUCUAGUUUGUAAGACCUUGACAGCGAGACAGUUUUAUAGUGGCAAUUACUCAAUGAACAGAUGAGUUCUUAUUUUGUGAAUUCUCUUUCAACGUGCUACGGUCAAACUGCUGGCUUGGAUAACUGUUCGGACGGGAAUUUCUACCGGAAUGUGAACUACCCACCGUCCGGUGCCGUAUAUCCGGCUUUUGCCGGCGCCAGGUACCCGUAUGUUUCAAAACAAGAGCGGCUCGAUGAACAAAAUGGCGACUUCUAUGGAACUCCGCGAUUGAGCCAUUUGCCGCCAAAUAGUCCGUGUUCUUCGCCUCAGAAUUUACACAUAGGAUCCCAUAGUUCCCAAAAUGUGCAUCCUCUUCAUACAACAGACCGUUCUAGCUGCAGUGUACGGACAAAUUCAAACACCGGAAAUGGAUUCUAUCCCAACGGCCAAUUGCGGGGUGGAGGGACGACUGGCGGCGGUGGUGGGAGCGGAAGUGGGCUAGAGGAGAGCCGGACACCGCCACAGCAGCACACUCCACCCACCCCGACUCACACACAGACACAUGGACAGCAACAAAAUUCCCCCGGGGACUCGCAAAGUUAUGCUCCACCUCAUAUUUAUCCGUGGAUGAGGAGAAUGCAAUACAGUCAAGGCAAAAAAGCUGAACAGUUCACUACAACACGAGGAAUGGACAAUGACGAGGAGAGCAAUGAUGGAGAAUCAAAACGUUCGAGAACGUCAUACACAAGACAUCAGACACUUGAACUAGAAAAGGAGUUUCAUUUUAAUAAAUAUUUAACACGUCGGCGGAGAAUAGAAAUUGCGCAUGCGCUGAACUUGACUGAGCGACAGAUAAAAAUCUGGUUUCAAAAUCGCCGAAUGAAAUGGAAGAAAGAACACAAACUUCCUCACAUAGCCAAAAACAUGAACAUCUGUAAUGCGUUAGAAAAAGCCGCGCAGGAACGUGCAAAAGAGGCCGCAGUGGCUCAUGCAACAGCGGCCGCUGCGCAUGCGCAACAACAUAUGUGAUGGAAGUGCAAUCCUAAUGUAAUUGAUAUUAUUGUGAACUGUAAUUGAUAUUUCUGUGAAAGUGGUCGUUGGUCAUUGGUCGAAUGGAGUACUGUGUUCUGUGGUCGUGUGGGCGGAUUGAUGUGGACCGGAAAUGAAUACCAAGAUAGAAAGGCCAGUUUGUAUCAAAGCAAAGGUCAACCUACGUGUAAACAAUUGGGAUUCUUGUGUCUGUAGGUAUCAUGAAUAUAAAAUAUACUUGAAAUAUUAAGUGAUUUUAUAGCUUGAAAUGUUACAUAAAACAACGGGAAGAGUAAAUUCGUUAAAUUGAUCAGCAACAAAUGUUACCUUGGGUGUAAACAGUGUGUUUAUAUACCACGUGAUAAAUUACGUCAUAAAUGUUACGUCGGAAGGAAACAUUUUGCAUCGAAUGAAUACUUAAAACAAAUGCGAGGCUCUGCGAGUGGCGUAGACUGUGCUAGGUUUCAUAUAGAAUGGUGAAGAAAUGGUAAAGUUACCUUUGUUUAAAGUCUUCAUUCCAAGCAAAAUAUUGACUUUCGACGAAGCAUUUAUUAAGCAACAAUAUAUCACGUGGUAAACACACACUGGUAAAGGCAUUAACUAUAUUUUAUGAAUACAAAUACUUAGACAAGCCCAUAUUCACCAAAUUCUUGAGAUCAAAUAGUACAAGCAAGGCUCAAACUUAAACAUCUUGAUUGUAAAGUAAGCUUUGAUUGUAAUUUUCCUUUAAAUACUUUGUUGCGAUCGAAAGUGAGCUCUCAAAAGUUUCCGUCGAAAUGUCUUCUUACAAACAUAUUAUAUUGUUGUCUUUGAAAAUUAAAUAAUUGGUAUCAUUAUUUAAGGCAAUAAACAUUUUUCAUGACUCGUUUUUGGUUUAAAUUUAGGAUAUUUAUAUACGCGUUUUGUCCAAACAACAACAACAGAAUAUGCGCACUUCCUAUUGCAAUCGACUGUAUAAGCACACACCGCCAUUGUCAUUCUGAAACUUAUAAUAUUUUGAAACAUCGUAAAAUAUAAAUAAAAUAUUUUGAUACAUGUUUUAAAAAUAUCGACUUUCUGGCCUUAUUCUGAGCUUUCUCUGAGGACAUUUGUGAAUGAAAUGUAGCCAGGAUUACCACUGCUGCGUUGAGUUAACUGAAUUGGAAAGUAUACAGGAGAUGUUGCAAAACACAACGUGUACGUGUACUUGUAUGUGUAGCUACACGUACGUGUAAAAAUUAUAGUUGUGUUUCGUUUUUGAAGUUUCACUGUUACUUUGUUUUUAUAGGCUCUUUCAUACUUGCAUGAAAUCACUUGCCUUGUUAUUUUAAACUUGUACAAUGUCAACUAACCUGGAUGACGUAGUGCACAAAAAAGUAUCCACAUGUGCACAUACCUGGAUGACGUUGUACCCAAAACACAUUAAAUAGACCACAAGUGCCCAGGAUGACGUCAUGCACAAAAAUAGACACCAAACUCCGCGCAGUGUUACUUCCCUUGCAGUACAGUAAUCACUGCCACCACAAAUAUCACGUGAUGAUAGAAACGGCACGUGAUUACAAUUUACAAAAUGGACGGAACACCUUUAAAAGAAAUUCCAGCAACAUGUUUCAUUUGUUUAGAAAAUAAACGAUUUUAUUCCAUAAAAGGAAAAAAUGCAAAACGUUCGAUACAUGUCUGAAUAGCUAACAACACAUCCAUGUUGAUAUUGUAAUUUGUAAAUCCUACUUUCAAUUUGAAAAAAGACCGAACAUUUCCGAAUGUUUUUUUUUAAUUGUUAUUUUUUUAUAAAACAUAUUAUGCCUAUCAACUGGCGUAAAGUAAUUAUUUAAGAAAGGAUAUAAGAAUAAAUAUAUAUGAUUAAAAAAAAUGCCAUUAAAAGUUUUCAUCCAAUUUUGGAUGAAAAUCUUGUGGUGGCAGUGAUUACUGUACUGCAAGGGAAGUAACACUGCGCGGAGUUUGAAUAGACACAUGUGCAAAUUACCUAAUGACGUUAGGCACAAAAAUUAGCCCACAUGUGCACAAAUCUGGAUGACGUGGUGUACAAAAUGUAGCUCACACAUACGCGUACCCAUACAUGUUGUGUUUAACGUCCAUUCUCAUACAAUUAUUUAACAAAUAAAACCAAAACAUAAAUAUGUUAUCUGUUUUUAGAAAAAGAAGUGCAUUUUCGUGAUUGUAUUUGUUAUAUAAAAGAUUACAUAAGGCCUAAAAAAUAGUUGUGCUUUUGGUUACCCGACCGACCAUAUAUAUUUUACUGCCGACCGAUUUAUUUUGUCAAGUGAUCCUUUUAUUAAAUAAGUGGUCAUCUACAAGAGUCGUAUGGGUUUUGCAGUUUAUAAACCAAAUAAUAAAGUUAUUUUUUCUUGUAAUUAGAGGAUCUAGUAUAAGUCGAAGGUACCGUUUGUCAUGCAAUUUCUUUUUAUGGCAAAAAACGACCGACCCAGAUUUUUUAAAACAUAACAUGAAACAAACAUUUUUUCUUAGGCCUUAAGACUUUUUGAAAUAUAAUUGUUUUAUUGUUCAAACCAAAUGUGGUGCUUAUGUUCAAUUUAGUACUGAAAAUGUGUUCAUAUGUAAAAUCCAUUUAGGUUAUUAUGGUACAACAUAUGUGUUUUUAUGGAACAUGAAAUGAGGGUUUUGAGUAAAAGCUUGUAUUUUACUAUAGCAGAAAGUGCUGUUUAUUCUACAAAUGUUUGUAGUUUGUUAAAACCAGGUUAUAUGCGCCAAUAUUUUACAGCUCGAUCGGUUUUACGUACCAGGGUAAAUUUUGUUUUAUAAUUGUUAAGUAUUGUUUGUAUUAUCAUUUUUAUUUCUCGCUACUUAAAAACAUAUUUUCUACUUAAACUUAAGAAUUAAAUAUAGUUACAUAGUUUUUCGUAUGAGUAUGAAAUUAGAUUUUCGUUGCUUAUUGUUAUUGUUUAUAUCAUUUAAAAAAAGGAAACAUACUCAAAUUCACAAAUAAAAAAAUCGAUCGCUUUUAACUGACAUUAAAUUUUAUUUUUAAUUCCAACAUUCUUUCUUAUCACAUCAUUGAAACUUAUGAACGUAUAAAUGAUUUUUUUAAGGAUAACAUAUAAUAAAUAAUAAUUAUGUCAUUUUGGUGAAAUAUUAUAAAUUUAAUUUUACAAAUAUGUCUGUAAAACAAUGACUUAAAUAAUAACAUUUCAUACCGUUUUUUACUAUCUUUAUCUGACGAAAUUUUCCAAAAUAGUUUAAAAUAUGUUUGCUCAAAUACGGUACAAGUAUACAUUUUAGUUCAUCCCAAGCAACAUGCAGAAAUAAUCAUUGUAUCAGGGAGUAAUUAUUCUGCUAGAAAUUAAAACUAGAAUGUGUGUUUGCGAAUGAAACUCCUUAUACAUAUAUUUAAAUUUGUGAGCCAAUGGCUUCCCCUUAAAUCCUAAUAAUACAUUCAUGUUUUUGUAAAAUGUUAUGAUAUAUAUUUUGAUAACCACCUGUAAAUCACUGGGCCGACGUUCAGAACUUUGUUGUAGUUAACAACGUUGUUAUUAAAAUAGUUGUUAACCUUCAAAGGUGAUAUAUUGCAUAAUACGAUUGUACAAUUCAAUAAAACCAUUGCAGCUAACACAACUCCAAAUUUGUAAGCGGUACUGCGGAUAACAAGUCUGACCAUGGAACUUUCAGAGCAUUAACAAUUUGAAAGGUAACAACGUUCACGUUAACAACGAUGUUAACUUUAACAACGUUCUGAACAAUCGGCGCAAUGUUAACUGCCAAAUAGUAGCGAGAAGCAUUGCUUAUGACUACAUACGUGUUUUGUUUUGAAAAACUGAUGUUCUCACGUCAUGUGUAGUAAUAAUAUGUGUAUUCUGAUCGUGCGAGCAUUUUGUGGAACGUAUUUUUAUUAUUUGUUGUUUUUAUGAUCAUCAUUUUUUAUUUUAUUGUUUCGAAUAUGGGUAAACAAUCAAUAGUAAA